AUAUCCCUCCCUCCGCUGUUGGCAUCAUCAGAACAGAAAUGGCUGCCACAGCAACAGCAGAAGCCGGAUCCCAAUGGCCAUUCAGCUGUGACCUAGAAGUGGAUUUUGGACAUGAACAACAUGCUGAUAUCGUAUGCGCAGCCUUAGCUGUUGAUAAGGAGUUGCAACCAGACAAGGUGAAACGACUCAUGACAGUGUCUCAUGGAAAGCUUUCAGCGCAUUUUGAGGCAACAGAAGCAAGAUUUCUUCGAGCAUCUUUUAGUGCUUUUAUAGAUGUCCUUACACUGGCCACAAAAACAAUUGAAGAAUUUGGUCAAGAAAUGGAGUUGUGACAUUCACUUAUUCUUAUAGAAUGUAUUGCUACUCCAACCAUUAUAUAUAAUCCUAUUAGGCUUUCUCAUAGUAUAUUUAUAUUUGUAUUUGCAUUUUUCACUUCCAUCCAACUUGUUAAAGGGGAAGGUUGCUUAUUGGCCCUGCGAAGCACGAAGUUGUCGUGCAUGCAUGACGGACAAAUUUUAGAUAUGAUACUCAUUUGGUUCG